AUGGUACGCGGCGGAGACGCGCGCGCUUCGUCGUCGGGACGGCAUCGCGCCCCCGAACGCGGAAUCAUCCUCCGCCGCCGAGGCGUCUCUUCUUCAUUCGGCGAAGCCUACCGCGGCGACGACGACGUCCGCGGCGACGACGACGACGCGUCGUCGACGUCGUCGUCGUCGUCGAAUUCGUCGUCCCGUGACGUCGACGUCGCGUCGUCGUCGUCCCUCCCUCCUCUGCUUCGCGUGCCGACGGCCACCGCGGCGAUCGCGGUCGGCACGCCGAUGAUGGCGAUGGGACUCCUGCGCUCCGCGUUCAACCUCACGGACGCGUACUGGGCCGGGAAGCUCGGCGCGACGGACCUCAGCGCGCUGUGUUACAACGCGUUCGCGCUGUGGAUGCUGCUGCUCGUCGCCAACGUCGUCGGCACCGGGCUGCAGGCGCGCGUGAGCGCGUUCGUGGGCGCGGGCGAUUCGCAUUCCGUGAGUCGAAUCGUCACGCAGGGUCUGUGGGGCGCGCUGUUCGCGUACGCCGCGCUCGCGUGCUUCGCGCCGUUCGCGCCGACGUUGUACGCCGCCGGGCUCGGGAUCGACCUCGACGUCGGCGGCGCGUGGCGCUCCGCGGGGGGCAAAACGCACCUCCUCGCGACGCUCCUCGGCUCCUUCGGGAUGUUCGCGAGCACCGUGCUGGACGCCACGUGGCGCGGGCUCGGCCGCACGCGCCCGGCGCUGUGCGUCACCGCGCUGAGCACGAUCCUCGCGCUGACGUUGAACCCGGCGCUGAUGUUGGGGUGGGGGCCGUUCCCGAAGUUGGGCAUCGUCGGCGCCGCGGUGGGCUUCUCGGCGGCGCAAUGCGUCGGCGCGGCGGCGCACGCGGCGGCGUUGAAGCGCGUGCACGGACUGACGAUCGCGAUGGCGAGGCCGUGCGCGAAAGACAUAUGGGGCAUGGUACGGAUCGGGGCGCCGCUCGCGAGCGCCGGGGUGGUGUUCACGCUCGUGUACAUCGCCAUAGGACGGAUCGCGUCGGCGUGCGGGGAGAAUUAUCUGGCGGCGAUGGGUCUGGGUCAAAAAUUUGAGGCGCUCGCGUUUACCGUGUGCGAGGGGUUCCGGCUCGCGUGCGCGACGCUCGUCGGGCAGUGGAUCGGCGCGGGGAGACCGAGAGAGGCGAGGGAUGCCGCGCUCGUGAUCGUCGCGAUGUGCGCCGCGUGCAUGGUCCCGUUCGCGUGCGUGUUGUUCUGUUUCGGACCGGCGCUCGUCGCGACGUUUUCCUCAGACCCCUCCAUCGUCGCCGCCGCGGGGGGGUAUCUACGUUGGAACAGCGGCGCGCUCGUGUUCCUCGCGAUCGAGGCUGUCGCGGAAGGGUGCUUUACCGGCGUCGGGAACACCGUGCCCAUACUCGCCAUCGGCGGCGCGAUUAACGUGUUGAGGGUGCCCGCCGCGUAUUUCCUCUCCAUAGCGUGCGGGUGGGGCAUCAGCGGCGUGUGGUUCACGCUCGUGACAUCGCAGAUUCUGAAAGGGUUGAGUAAGUUCGCGUGGUUUCAUUUACGCGCGAUGCGCGGGGUGAUCGACGAGGCGGACGCGGACGCGGAGAAGAGGGGCGCGGGGGGUGGGGUCGCGACGUCGUGA